CGGGCGUCGAAAUUCGCAUAGACGCACGCAUAUUUAUCAUCGGACUACUUACAUAGUACAAACUAUGUACACAUCUAUAUAAUUAUAUAUACAAGAAUAGGUUCAUACUAUAUACACAAAUACUAAGUGUAGUCACGAUGAAGAUCAUUGGGUUAACCGGUGGCAUUGCGUCAGGCAAGAGUACUGUCAGCCAGCAACUGACCCAGUUAAAUAUUCCAGUAAUAGACGCAGAUAAGAUUGCCCGAGAAGUUGUUGAGCCGGGGCAGCCUGCUCUACAAAAGAUUAAAGAAACAUUCGGUGAAGAGUUCUUCCUGGAGGAUGGGACUUUAGAUCGGCCAAAGCUAGGUCAGCGUGUCUUUGGGGAUGAAGCUGCCCGGAAGCAGUUGAAUAAAAUCACGCACCCAGCGAUACAGAACUUGAUGAUUAAGAGGAUGAUGGGGUACUUUUUCACCGGAUACCGCAUGGUGGUGUUAGACGUGCCCUUAUUGUUUGAGAGUCGAGUGUUGCUUAAGAUCUGCAGCAACACUGUUUGUGUAUACUGCAAUGCAGACCAAGAACUCGAAAGGUUGAUGAGAAGAGAUAAGUUGGGACGAGAAGAUGCGGAGAAGAGGAUAGGCUCGCAGAUGCCCUUGGAAGACAAGGCGCGGGAAUCCGACUACAUUAUAGAUAAUACAGGCGAUUUGGAGACACUCAAGGAAAGGGUAGAGGAGCUUGUGGCGACUGUAACACCUACGUUCAUAGAGGCGCACGGAGUUAAGAUUCUGGUUACAACACUGGUGAUUUUCGUCUCGUUUGUGUCCGUGCGUAAGUUUGUGUUCGGCGGCUAGUAGCCCUGGUAUAUGAAAUAAAUUAUUAAGAUUUCGGUGAUAUGGA